CGAAAGAAGUAUUGGCGGGUUCCAUUGAGAGCGCGGGUAUCAAGUUCGUGAUUCUUCUGGGGACUUUCUGGCAUAAGCUUGUUUUCAUGCACUGAUGAGAGACCCAAUUUCACCGUCAUAGUAACUGAGAAAAAAAUAUAUUCUUUGUGUUUGAAGUUUUUAUUUUCAAAUGAAAAUGUUCAUCUAAUUUUCUACUCACUAAUUAACAAUUUCUUCUUACGUAGUCGAAUAGCAAAAAAACAAGAAAAGAAUCUUAUUUUCAAUGUUAAAAUUACCAACGACAUCAUUUCUAUCAUUAACAUUAUUAUUAGUACUACUGUUGUUAUCAUUACCAUUGUUAAUCCUUCUUUUUACAAAAUGACUAUUUCAAAUAAAUUUGGAUGUUUUUCAAUUAUCCAUCCAAGUGUAUUAUUACUUAUUCCUUUAGUGUUAUUCAAUACAACUAGCGCCAGUUUGCAGAUUAUACCGCAUUUCACCAGCCUACCUCCAUCUAUCUCACAAUUUGUAUAUCCAUCAACCGAUGGUACCAGUUUCCCACCACUUGAACUUGUAUGUCGAGCAUGGCCACCUAAUUCUAAGCUGCAUAUUUUAGCCCAACAAUUGACAUCUCCAGGAUUCACUGAUCCAACAUUUGGUGCAAAUCCUAUUGUUUCUACUUCAUUAAUUGCUGUCAAUCCUAAUCAUCAUAGUAAUAAUAAUAACAAUAAUAAUAAUGGAUUAAUGCAAUUACCUUAUGGUCUUGGCAGUCAACGAUAUGCUAUUUUAUCCUCUACACAAAUCACUAACUCUUAUCAACCAAAUUUAGAUGGUACUAUUUCUGGUAAUAGUGGUUAUCAGUCAGUUAAUCCAUUGAUUAUUCAUGAAACUUUAACUGAUGCAAUUCGUGACAAUCCUGCAGCUGGAUCUCAUGACGAAGUUGCUAUUCGUCUUAUAGUUUCUAGUCAAUCAGAAUUAAGUCAAGUGGAAUUAAUACGGUUACACUGCUUAGCUACUACUUCGUUUGGUCGUAAAUUAAGUGCACCAUUCCGUGUGCUUCCUGCUAGUUUGGGUUCAUUCCCAACUCCUAGAAGUGGUGGACCAUCUUCAUCUCACACUGAAAAUGUUGAGUUUCUACGAGGGAAUAUUGCUAUUGUUGACUGUUAUUUGCCAAUUAAUAGUUUUCCUAAACCAUUAAUUGAAUUUGAAUUAAACAACACUGUUAUUGAUCUUACAGCUUCACAAAAUGAAAAAUACCGUCAAAUUACCCGUCCAGACGGGAAAAGAAUUAGUUUAUUAAUACAAAAUUUUCAACCACGUGAUUGUGGUAUCUAUCGUUGCGUGGCAAUCAAUCCAUUAACUAGAGAAAGGAAAUAUUCACCGGAUGCAGUGAAUUUAAAAAUUAUCAUCCCAGAUGUUCCUGUUGCCGGAAAAAUUCGUGUUCCUAUGGCGUCGGAAUCCAUAGAUCCUCGGAAUUCAGCAGCAUCCCAAGAAAUAGUCGUUCGAGAAGGUCAAAAUGUUACAUUGUUUUGUAUUAUUCAAAGUGCUCCACCUCCUAUUGUCACUACUUAUCCAUUUGAACAAAAUUCCACUGCACAUAACCGUUUUCAUCGACAUAAUUUAUUUGGAUUAUUGGAGAUAAUAAAUGUACACCCUAGCGAUGCUGGUAUCUAUAUUUGUACAAAUCGUCAAUUAAGUUCUACUGCUCAACUACGUGUUCGAAAACGUUUACGUUUAACAACAAAACCUCAAGAUGUACUAAUUAAUCAUUUCGGUGAAAGUGUUCAAUUCAAAUGUACAAGUUCAAAUGAACAAAUUAUACCAUAUUGGUUAUUUAAUGGACAACCAAAAAUUACAGGAAUUGGAAAAAGUGCCUACACUAAAAUUCAUGGUAAUCAUAAUACACUAACGAUAACUAAUGUUACUGUACAGGAUAUAGGAGUUUAUCAAUGUGUCGCACAUCGAUGGGAUCCUGAUCCAGAUCUAGAAGAAUGGGUAUCAGCAUCAGCUGUACUAGCAAUGAGUUCUGAUAAACUUAUUCGUACACCUCAAGAAUUAGCCUUAUUAUUGCCAACAUCGAAACAAGCAAUCAUGGAGGUGAAACCACCAGAAAUAAUCACCGAUAGUUUAACACCGAUUGCUGAACCAGUUUAUGAUAAUUUAGCAGUGUAUAUCACAUGGAAAGCAUAUACUAUCACUACUCCUAAUAAAUUGGAAACACAAACUCAUCAUGAUGGUGAUGAUGUUAUCGGUAGUGAUAAUAAUAAUAAUAAUAAUAAUAAUAAUAAUAAUAAUAAUCCUGAUAAUAACGCUGGACAAAUUGCUUACCAUGUUGAAUAUUCCAUGCAAAUAAGUCCUGUUGAAAGACAAUAUAUCAAUUCUAAUCCAAAUAACAAUGUUGCUGAUAAUACCAAUAAUAAUAAUAAUGGUAGUAGUAAUAAUGAUCAUAAUAAUAAUAAGCCAUCUUCUGAAUUAUCUGAUUUGCCUGCUUUAAUCGGACUAAUUGGUCAUGAGGCUAUCCUGUGGAGUGAUCCAACUGCACUUAAUCAACAAUUUUCAUCGGCAUAUGCUUAUGCAACUGGUGAUCCGUUACAACCAGGCAGACGUUAUCGUUUUCGUGUCAUCGCUUUGGAUCCAUCUACUGGACUACAUUUAGUCCCACCAUCCGGUUGGUCAAAUAUAGUUAGCAUGGAGCAUAUUAGUCAAGUGGAACCACCACAAAUCAAAGUGGUUCGUCCUAUGUCGGAAGGUCGAGUUCAUGUAGUAUGGAUGUUCAAUGGUGUUGGUGAUGUUCCUUCAAAUCCUAAUGAUUUAGGUAUCUUAUCCAAAUCAUCAAGCCCUUCAACUCAAAAUAAUAAUAAUAAUGGUUUAUCACAAAAAGAUAAAUCAUCAGAAAUUACUUCUAAUUCACUAACUACUUUCGGUGAUACAACGCCAUUAUUUCUUAAAGAUUCAAAUAUUGAACAAUUUAUCGCUGAUCAUUUUCUUAUACUUGCACGACCUGUAAUUAAACCAAAACGUGGUUCCGGUGGUACUAUUGAAUAUGGUGCUUAUUGGGCUACACAAGUAAAUGGUUCUAAUGCUAGAGAUGGUUUAUUGACAGGUUUGAAUAAUACUGCAAAUUAUCAAAUUAUAGUUUAUGGAGUUAAAGGAACUGGUGACAACCGACAGAUUACACGUUUCUCUAAAGCAGUCUAUGUAAAUAUGGCUUCAACUGACUACACUGGUCGUUACAGUUUACUGGAUACUUUAAAUAAUAAUCGUUUAUUAUACAUAAUCUUGGGUGGUAUAGCCGGUGUAAUGUUUCUAGUCAUGUUCAUACUGAUCCUGUUGUGUUUAUGUCGUCAACAUCAAGAUCGUCGUACACAUAGUCAACGUAAAAAACAAAAUGGUUAUGUACACGGGUAUAAAGAUUCACCGGAUUUUCAUCAUACUAUUGAUGGAACAACUAGUGGAAUAAAUAAUCCCCAAUUAUCGCAUGGUAAUAUGAUAUCGACUAAUCAAAGUAAUAAUAAUAAUAAUAUGAACACAAAUAAUAAUCCUUCCGGUGCUCUCACUAUAACUCAUACUACUAACAAUAAUACUGCUCUUCCUCAUAGUAGUAGUACACAUGAUCAUCAAAUUAUGCCAUCAGGAACAAUGAUGAUGAUGAUGGGUAAUUUACAAUGUAGUGGUCUAUCGGAACAUUCAGCAUCAAAUAAUCCUGUACAAAAUGAAUUACAGCAUCAAAUGUACAUACAGCAACAACAACAACACCAAUCUGAUCAAUAUAAUUCCACUUUGGGCAUAUCUAAAGAGGCAGCGUAUCAACAACGUCAAGCUAUGCUAGGAUCACAAUUACAAUUACAACAACAACCAUCAUCAUAUAUGACAAAUCAACCAUCGUUAUCGCAUCAUCAGUCACAUCAUUCUCUAUUACUUCCGUCUGCUGGUGGUGGUACCGGUAAUUCGAAUUAUCAUAUACUUUCUGGACAAAAUAGUAAUACUAAUAAUAGUAAUGUACUUUCACCAACAAUGUUUCAUAGUGGUACUUUACCAGGUGGUGGACCACGUUAUUUACGACAACAAUCAUGUAAUUCACAUUAUUUCGGUAGUCAACAACCAUUAGAUAGAAAUAUGGUUAGUCCAAAUGCAAUGGAAAUGACUGAACUAUAUAAUCAACAAUAUCAGAAUGGUUACGCUUAUCAACAACCACAAUUACCGCCGAUUCCACAUCCACAACCAUCAUCAGGUCUACCACCCCCGUAUCCAACACCAUUGAGUAAUAAUGGGACCAUAAAUCGUCAAAUGGUGUUAAAUCAACAACAAAAUUUUUAUCCUGCUUCAAUGACACCUAGUGGUGGGGCUUCGUUAAAACGUGAACCUCCAACUGGCAGUGGUGGGGUCAAUGCUGGUGCACUACAGGAUGGAUCGGGUUAUGGGACAUUAGUCCAACGUGGUGGAGGUCCAUUAACUGCUUCCAUGAUGACUGACCCAUCAAUUGGUAGCGGUAUUAAUGGUGUACCAAUGAAUGCUGUUUAUUAUCGUGGCAGUCAGCAGGCAUUACAUAUGUACCCUAAUGGAAUGAGUACUCCUCAAUCUCAACAACAACAUCAUCAAGGUGGCGGUGGUGUAUAUCAAUCAAAUCAACAACAGGCAUUUUAUAUGCAACAACAAAUGCAACAUGCUCAAAUGUAUCCAGGUUAUUUUAGUCCACAGCCUCAGUCGCAUUUCGAUUCUAUGGGACAUAUGCAUCAUAAUUUCAAUCAUACUGACGGCGAAUCGGUCUAUUCAUAUUUUAGCCAACAAGAUAUGAAUCAACCUGGUCCACACCAACAUUUAAAUCCAUUGCCUGAAGAAAAUCAACUAAAUCAAUGUGAAAAUGGUCCCGGUUACGUGGACUCUAGUAUUCAAACAGCUGAUAUGAAUGACGGGGGUGAUGGCACAACAGCGACGGCGGCAGUAGGCACGACUACAGAACCUGGUACCGGCGGUAGUCCAGUCGCCGGUGGUGGUAGUCAUCGCCAUCAUCGUCGAAGGAGACGUAAACAGUCACAACAACAACAAUCCCAGUCAUUGUCACAACAACCCGCAGAUAUGUCGGACACAUCAAGAAAUGUUGGUGUCGAUGAUCCCGCUACUUGUGGCGGCGGUGGGAUGGUGAUGAUGGACCGUUUACAAAACCAAGCUCAAUCAGUUCGUGGUUCACAAAUGGAUAUAGGUGUAGUACAGAAACGACAACAUACUCUAUCUCCUGGACCGUAUUCCGAUACAGAUCCAAUGAUGAAUGGUCAAUCUAACAUGCCACCUGGUCAUCAUUCUUAUCCACAUCCAAAUGGAUCGAUGGAACCAUCACCAAUGUCAAGAUAUAUUCGUUAUGAUUCACCUCAACGUGCUCCAUCCGUACUGGGUCAAUUACCACCUCCUAAUCAACCUCCGCCGCCACCACCUCCCCCGGCUGUAGCAGCUAUGGCAUUCGCUGCCCAGAUGAAUAGCUCAGAUCAUAGUCGACACAAUUCAAUGACUUAUCAACAACAUCAUCAUUUUAAUCCAGAUUCCCUUUCGCGUCACAUUGGCGGUGGCAGUGGGGUCGGUGCUGCUACUGGUGGCAGUUCCGGAGUUUAUCACCCAUCUGGUUCUGGUACUACCGGUUUAUUAGUCGGUCCACCACCUCGUAUACGUGACUAUUCGGAAUAUGGUAUUCCACGGGGUAUUGGUCUUCCGCCGACACCAGCUGCUGCGGGAGGCGGUGGACAACCGCAACCACCACAGCACAAUGUCUUGAUGUCACCUGGUGGUGUCAAUAAUAAUAUCAAUAAUGCUAAUCAUGGAAGCGUGUAUUAUGACGGUCAUUAUCGCGAAGGUCAAGCAUAAAUUCACUUCUUUUUAGACCUAUUACUAACGAUUCUGCUUCUUCAUUAGUUUUCCUGUCGAAAAUAACAGCUUCUGUAUUAUAAUACACAAUCAUAAAUGAUCGAUCUACACCAUAUUGCUUUUCCAAUCAUUGAUUAGUAUGAUUAUCGUUCGAAUUUAUUCUGUAUCAUAAUGUGCUGUCGUUUAUAUUCACUGUUGUUCCUGUACGUUGAUUCGUUAAACCAGCAUUUUUUGUUUGUAUGUUUGUUUGUUUGCUUGUUUUUUUCUCUCUCUCCUCCCGCUUGAUACGCUUUUUUAAUGUUUAUCCUUUAGACAAUUCAAUCUCUGUCUAUAUCAUUAUCAAUCAGUUACGUGAUAUAUGCACAUAUAUAAGUGUAAUUGUCACCAUAUUUGUUUAUAUGUUAUAUGUGAAUAAGUUAUGUAAGAAAGUUUACACUUAUUACUCUGUGUUUCGUUCUAAUCUUUCUCGAUUAUUGUGGAAUAGUCGGCGUAUACGCGUGGCUAGCUUAUUGGCUUGAUCUCUUUCUCUCUCUCUUCUCUGCCUUCGAUCAUCUCAUGUGUGUGUUUUAAGUAGAAAAACACAUAAACCGAUCGCGUAUUACAAUUAUUUUAUCAUUAUAUUGUUUCUAUUCGCAAUCUCAUCUAUGUUUAGCAAUCCAUCAAUUUGUUUGUUUUAACGUUAAAAGGUUGCCCGCUUUUUCUGAAUACUUUUUUUUUGAAAUCUAUGUGAUUGUUUUUUCUCCUUAAUUAUUCAAGUUGAUUUAUACACCAUUUCUUUUUCCCAUUCAAAAGGAAUUUCACCCAUAUACAAACACUCUGAAUAGGAUGUACUAGUAUGAGUAUGAGUACUGUAGCAAUACUACUACUACUACUGUUAGUAGUAUAAUUAGUAGUAUUAGUCAAAAUCAACACUUCCUUUUAUCUUAACCAUCUUAUUUGCAUCAUAUUGUACGGGUAUUAUUUACUUUUUUUCCCCAACUGUAUCAUCUUUUCAAGUUUAUUUCAUGCAUUUGUAUUAUAUAUGCACGUGUUGUAUGUAUUUUACCUUGUCUCCUACCGUAAACAUUAUCACAUCUCUAUAUACUACCUAUCUCUACUACUAAUAGUAGUAUUAAAAGUUACCAUAACUUAAUUUUAUUUACGUUAAUUUAACCCAUAUUUUCUUUUUCUUCAUUUUUAUUAUUCUAGACUAAUUAUGCAUGUAUAUUAUUGAUUCAUUGUAUUUUUUAUUGGUUCCAUAUAUGUACUUCAAUUACAUGUAUUGUGUUUUCUUUUGCCGGUUAUCACAGACUAUUUUGUUCUAUAACCUCUCUCUGUCUCUCUCUUUCCUAUCAAAUUAACCAAGUAAACAUUUACUGGCCACACGACAUGGCUACUUAAUCACUAAUCAUCAGUUCAUUCAUUACUAUGACAUUAUUAUAUUAUGUAAUUACUAUUGUCUUGUAGAUAUGUACAGUAAUAGUAUGUAUAUAUACAUAUAUAUAUAUAUGUGUGUAUGUGUUUCACUACUCUGUGUGUAUGAUUAAACUUAUAUUUGCUUACUAAAUAUUAAUAUAUAAAAUACUCUUUGACUUAUUCUCUACAUGAACGAAUUGCCUUAAUUGUCCUUUUUCAUAGACAAAAUUAUUUUACUUACCAGUAUAUCUAGGUUCUGUGUAUAUUCAAUCCUUUGAUGAAGUAUUGCAUACACAAACACACACACACACACAACCACAUCAAAUCACAUGUCUUUGUUGCCUUUCUUAUAUUCCUGCUUAUUUCAUCAUUAUUUCAUUACAGAAAAAGAAAGAAACACUAUCAUCCCAGUUUUAAAUAGCCUUUAUUCACUUUGCUUAUGUCUAUGUAAGUGUAUGUAUGUAUGUAUGCGUGCUCGCAUGUAUUCUUAUUUCAUUCAUUGCCUCUUGACAACAAAAAUGCUUACAUUAAGUUGUAGGUAAUCCGUUUUGCAUUAUCCUUACAGUUUACUCUCUACAUGACAAUGUUUUUUUUUCAUAAUGAAGCAAAGAAUUCACAACCACACACACACACGUACUUUUUUCGAAGAAGAAAAAAGAAAAAAAUUUCUUUCUUUUCUCUUCCAAUUGUCUUUAAUACCAUUCAUAUUUUGCAUAGUUUGAAUAGUUGUCUUCUCUUGUUUGAUUCUUUUAUUCUUUACAAGUCACUAAAUAUAUAUUUAUUGAAAUGUAACUAUAUUGUACGCAUUCACCCUUUCAAACUCUCUGAAUUCAUUCUGUUGUAUGUCAGUUAUUUUAAUGGCAAACAAAAAAAUUAUAAUCUUACGUCAUGUAUCCAUAUACUUGUAUCGUCGUACGUUCCAUGUCUACUACUACUAGCACUACUACUACUACUAUCACCACUAAUAAUAAUAUUGAUAAUCAUGCAUCUACAUAUAUUAGGUGUGUAGAUUGAAAUUGAAACAAAUGUGUGAGGUAAUUACUUUUCGAAGUGAUAUUAUGCAUCUUUGUUAAAUAAUAUUAUGACUAUUGUUAUGAAAGAAUUAUGUACAAUUUUUAUGCCGUUCACUAUUCUGUUUAGUUUAAUGAUAGUUUUUAAUUAAUCAAUCAAUAUCUGGUCAUUUGUUUAAGACUAAUAUGUGUUCUAGUGUUUAUCUAUUUAAACAUAUCAAUAUUGCAAUUGUUGAAAUUAUGAGUCAAUUGAAGCUAGACCACGAUGGAAAAUCUGGAAGUACUGGAUGGCCGUUUUUUCUUCCUAGUAUGGGACUCCUCAUCUGCUCACUAGUGACUGACUUCAAGAGGCAUUUCCUGUAGUUCUAGUGAGAAGCCGUGACCAGUGUAGUUCAACCAGGUCUGUUAUGAGAUAUCAGCUCAUUGAAGACAAUGGUGUACGAUGGUGCAAUUUCGUGGAUUGGUUGAAGUUAGAUAUUAACACCGUUGGAUGGCGGCUCAGUGGUCUAAUCGUUAAGCAAUCACGCGCGUGACUGAUAGGUUCUGGGUUCGAAUCUCACGGGAGGCGGGAUCGUGGAUAUGCACUGUUGCGGAGUCCCAUACUAGGACGAAACGGCCGUCCAGUGCUUCCAGGUUUUUCAUGAUGGUCUAGCUUCAAUUGACUCAUGAUUUCAACAAUUGAAAUUUCUAAAAAUCUCCACAAAAUCCCUUCUGAUAUGAAUAUUGGUACAAGGAGGCACAAAACAUGUUUAUAUAUGCGCCACACAAAGCAUUCGAUUUGUAUGAGGGUUGGGAUAUUGUCCGGGUGCCUAAACCGAGGCAGGUAGUUUCCUUAGGGGGUCACACUCCGAGCUUUUGACCUAGAGGUCUAAUCCACAAGAUAGUGGAGCAAUUUUAGGAGAUGCAGUUCCAUGAUAGCCAGUGACCAAUAAUUGGUUCAUACACCUUUUGUGCACCAUUGGUUUGAACCUCCUAUCUAGUUAAAAUAUACUGUCAUCGUUAUUCUGGUAUAGCUUAAUGAAUUAGGUUGAUACAUUUUGUACUAAGUUUUACGUUAUUCGCGACAGGUCACUACUACUGACGGAGUUCGAACCUCUUCGUAUUUAGAGGUGUUUUAUCUCAAGACGCAAAAUUCUGACUAUUGUUUUCCUAACCUACGUCUGCUAUUCCGCCUACAGUCUAGCGUUCUUAGCCUUGAACAAUUAACGCAAGCUACCCUCGUACCUUCAAGCACUUCUCUUUAUCCAGCGUUUAGUUCCAAAAGUCAGCAGCCAACCUAUUAUUUUAUUUCAAUCAGUCGGAACACACAAAAAUAAUCUCAAACACUUACUGGCUUAUGUACACGGACUGCAAAGCUAACCAAAUGAGAAUUCAUAGUUUAGAUACAAUCAUGCCAUAAGUCAUAGAGAGCGAAGCAAACAGUACAUAAUUAAUUAGCAAUAUUUAAGUAAUAGUAAAAUGUAUAACGAUAGUUAAUAGGUCCACUGAGAGCUUGCGAUAGGUUAAGUAUAGUAAUACGAUUAUACAGUUAUCUGUUAAUUAUACAGUAAAAAUGUAAAUCCCCUGGGUCGUGAUCUAGUUCUGCCGAUCACUUGGUAAUAUGGUCAUUAGUUCAGAUGACACUAUAUUGCUUGCAGUGUGUUGAUAAUGUUAAACCGGCAGGAAAAACCUUGUUUCGACCUAGGUUUUAUGCUAGUUAAUACUCGUCAGGAAGGUGUAACUGUUUAUUACAUUUGAACAACCAACAUUCGUUAGUUUUCUUUUAAUACCACGAUUGCUUGCUGUGGACUUGUUUUUGUUUGAAAUCAUAAUCUAACUAGAAAUAGUUUAGAUAAUACAUAAUUAAUUGCUAAGUUUUAUUGUCAUUGAUAUAUCUGAUACUUGAUCGCUUGGCGAUAACUUUCUAAUCAUACUAUCUAAUCCCCUAAAGUGCGACGCUGAACAUAAGAGGGAAGGCAGAAGGUGUGAGUGUAAGCUUUACUUCGAAUGUUAGUUUAGGUACAAAAAAAGACAAACGACAGGUGUUUUAGAAACUUCCUGUAAACAUAUUCGGUCUUCGAUUAAUACAAUUAGAAUAUAUCAAAUGAUCCAUCGUUUUUCUCGGACUCUCGGAGGCUUCUAUUAUACUCUAAUUGGACGAAGUUUCUUGAGUUUUUCAAAGGCUCACAAUAUUCUAAAAAAAUUUGACGAGACUAUAUAAACGAACCAAUCAGAUAUAAUAUAACAGGUCUUGGAUUUUGGCGCGAAAUCCACUCAUCCUUUUGGCUAAAUAAUGUUCUGGCAUUUUAGCCGAUGUCAGUUCGCGAUAUAAAACACUAAAUCUAAUCCAUACCCAUCAACUGCAAAUCAUAAUUCUAAUUCCUUACACUCUUUUAUAACUUUCAUUUAGUCCUAAUUAUUAGGCGGGUACUCAAGGUCGCUCAUAGGUUGUCUACAAAUUAUAGCCUCACUAGUUUCUUGUCAAAUGAUAUAAUUUAAUAAUUGAAUUCAUGAGUUGAUUGGGCGGCUGUUUCAUCCCAGUAUUGGACUCAGCAGUGCGCACACGAGCUCUUAACCACUAGACCACUGAGCCGGCAUCCAACGGUGUUAACGUCUAACUGCAACACGUUCAGUGCUUCCAGGUCUUCUAUGGUGGUCUAGCUUCAACUGACUCAUGAAUUCAACUAGUAAAUUGCUAUAAUAUCCAUAAGACCC